ACAUUAGGGAUGCCGUUGGCAUAUUAGUCCCCCGAACAAACAUGGCCUGGUUAUGGCGCGCAGGUGCCAAGUUCUCUCUGGUUGCCUCCGCCGUUGGCGGCGGAGUCACCACGGCGCUCAUUGCCACUUCCGACGACCCCGAGACGGCUCUCAAGCUUUGCGCCACCGUCCCACAUCGCCUCUUCCGCGACGCGGUCACGGCUGCUAACAUUGCUUUCGAUUAUGAAUAUUCACUGUGGGGACUGCCGGAAGGGAGUAUUGAGAGGGAGAGAAUCAAGCAUGAAGUUCACCUCAGGUCAGCACAAAAGCUUCAAGACCUUUGUUUUAAGAAUGGAGGGGUUUAUAUAAAGCUUGGGCAACAUCUUGGGCAAUUGGAAUAUUUAGUUCCUCAGGAAUAUGUUCAGACAAUGAGGGAAUCUAUGCUAAAUAAAUGUCCAGUUUCUUCCUAUGAGCAAGUAUGCAACGUAUUCAAGAAAGAGCUUGGUGAUACUCCAGAUAAAAUAUUUUCUGAGUUUGAUCCGGUUCCAAUAGCAAGUGCUUCCCUUGCACAAGUUCAUGUAGCUCGCAUGCAUGAUGGACAAAAAGUUGCUGUCAAGGUUCAGCAUACUCACAUGACUGAUACAGCAGCUGCUGAUCAUGCCACUGUGGAAUUGGUUGUAAACACAUUACACAGAUUUUUUCCCAGUUUUGAUUAUAGGUGGUUGAUUGAUGAGAUUAGCGAAAGUUUGCCCAAGGAAUUAGAUUUUUUAACUGAGGCAAAGAACAGUGAGAGGUGUCUGGGUAACUUCCACAAAUUGUCUCCUCAUAUUGCAAAUUAUGUAUAUGCACCAAAAGUAUAUUGGAACCUGAGUACCUCGAAGCUGCUGACAAUGGAAUUCAUGGACGGUGCUUAUGUAAAUGAUGUAAAAACCAUUCAGAAACUUGGGAUCAACUUGCAUGAACUUUCAACAUUGGUUAGUCAAACUUUUGCUGAAAUGAUGUUCAAGCAUGGGUUUGUGCAUUGUGAUCCUCAUGCUGCUAACUUGUUGGUGCGCCCAUUGCCUUCCAGUAAAGCUAGCAUUUGGGGCAGGAGAAAACCACAAUUGAUCCUUUUAGACCAUGGACUCUAUAAAGAGCUUGACUUCCAAACAAGAACUAACUAUGCUUCACUAUGGAAGGGGUUGGUAUUUGCUGAUGCUAAUGCAAUCAAAGAAUAUAGUGCAAAGUUGGGAGCUGGGGAGGAUUUAUAUGCACUCUUUGCUGGAGUUCUAACGAUGAGGCCGUGGAAUAGAGUUGUGGACCCAUCUAUGGAUCAUUUAGUUAUACAGGGAAAUGAGAGUGAACGAUUAGAAUUGCAGAUGUACGCAUCUCAAUAUUUCCAUCAAAUCUCUGAGCUUUUAAGACGAUUACCGCGUGUGAUUCUGCUAAUGCUAAAGACAAAUGAUUGUUUACGAGCGGUCAAUAAUUCUCUGUUACAGGGAUCAUCUUUGGAGACUUUUUUUAUCAUUGGAAAGGUUUCUUCGGAGGCUGUCAUUGAAGCAAAGAUGUUGAAAAGCAAAUCACUUUUAACAUGGUUAAACGUUAAAUUGGAUAAGAUUUUGCUAGAAGUACGACUCUGGGGGAUGCAGGUGGCCUUGUGGCUUUUACAACUAAGAAAGGCUUUGUCUUGGUCUAACCAACCAUUUUAGAAGAACUAAUCUGCCUCAUUAUUUGCUACAUUUUAUUCUUUUGGAAAAUAAGCUCUUAUAUUUUUUGUGUCCGAGGUCACAAAUUCCCUCACAAUAUGUAGCUUAUGUUUGAGCGCGGAUUGACGAAUGGUUUUAGUACUUGUUUGGUUUUCUUCGUUUGAAAUCUCAAAAACAUGCACUUUAUAGGUUAAAGAGGGUGAAAGUAAAGGAGGAAGUCAUUCUUGUGUUUGUCUGUAGCCUUUACUGUAUUCAUGUGGGCGACGCAGAAUGUUGUUGUAGACUCCCAUUAAUGUAUGGGGAAACUGUGAAAUAUAUAGAUGACUGUUCACAUCAGUUUCAA